GGCCCGAGCUGCCGGCGAAGAAGUAAAACCAUAACCACCAGGGGCUGGAAAGUGCGUAUGAACCCUAGCUUCUCUGUCAUCAUCAUCGUCGUCUUUCUCUCUCAUCCAUCCUGCUUCUUAAGGGGAGCCAUCUGUUUCCAUAUUCGAAAUGGAAAGUAGGCACAAUCCUGAUAUUGACGAUGAUUUCAGUGACAUUUAUAAAGCAUAUACUGGUCCUGUGGGUUCUAAUGCCUCCAUUGUACAAGAUAAAGAGAAAACAAGCGUAAGAUCUUAUGCAGGUUCUGAUGAGGAAGAACAACGUGAUCCAAAUGCUGUUCCAACUGAUUUUACAAGCAGAGAAGCUAAGGUUUGGGAGGCAAAGUCUAAAGCCACAGAGAGAAAUUGGAAAAAGAGGAAAGAAGAAGAAAUGAUCUGUAAAAUAUGUGGAAUCCCAGGUCAUUUUACUCAGGGUUGUCCAUCAACACUUGGAACCAAUCGUAAAUCUCAAGAUUUCCUUGAAAGGAUACCUGCAAGAGAGAAGCAUGUCAGGGCUCUAUUUACAGAAAAGGUCGUGCAAAAGAUUGAAAAAGAAUUUGGGUGUACUAUCAAAAUGGACGAGAAAUUUAUUAUCGUCAGUGGGAAGGAUAGGUUGAUUUUGAAAAAAGGUGUAGAUGCAGUUCAUAAGAUUAAAGAAGAGGGAGAGAAAAAAGGUUCAUCCAGCACUCACAGGAGUAGAUCUAGAUCACCUGAGCGUAGAAGCCCUUUAAAGUCUCAAUAUGUCCGCUCAGAUUCUCAAAGGUCUCAUUCGAGUCCACACAAUACAUCUCAGUUCCAACAUAGAUUUGGGGGACAAGAUAAGACAAUGGAAAGCCGAAUUCGGGAGGAUCUUCAAAAGCCAAGCAGAGGCUCCCCACAAUCAAGAGCUUUUGGUGUGGAUGGAGCCAGAGGUCAUUCAAACCACUCAAAAUCCCCUGCACGUGCUGCCCCUUACAGAGGUAACUCAUAUAGCUCGUAUGAUGGUCUUAACCAAAGGAUGGGGGCUUACAGGGCAACAGAUGAAUGGGAUGCUGAAAGACAUGCUGAACGACGAGUGUCGGACAAACAAUCUGGACAGGCUGUUGAACGUCCAGCUUUCCCACAGUUGGCAGAACUAGAAAUGGAAUACAACAGAGAGGUGAUGGAGCUUGAAAAAAUCCGGGACAAAGAAGAAGAUGAAGAAAAGUACAAGCAUCGUGAGGCUAUGAAGGAAAUGAGAGAGACUUAUAUAAAGAAGUUAUCUGCACUAAGAGGAGGUCAUGAAAAACAAUGGGAAGAUUUUCUUCAUCUCGAUGCUCAAAGGAGGCUCGAGCAAGCACGACAACAGAUGUCAUCUUCAGGAUUUGGCGGUUACAAGCAAUCUGGUUAUCCUGACUAUGAGAAUCAUGCGGGUAAUGCAUCAUCUUAUGGUGGUGGUGGACCUAAUAAUAUGUCUAUGGAUUCAAGGGGGGGAAGAUAUCCUGGUCCAAUGGAUAAUUAUCAUCAUCCUUCUCGGCCUCAUGACAAUUAUAGCCAGUUUCAACGUCAGAGGCGUGAAGAUUAUGGUAAAGCUUACGAUCGUUACUAGACUAAUUGGCAAGCCUUGUUCAGUUUGGGUGAGAUCUGUUUGGUUUGAUUCAAGUAAUGGGGCACAAUAAUGUGUUAGCUGUUUGUUUAAGGUUACAAGUGAGAUUCUGGUGAAGAUUUCUGAAUUCAAAACUCAACUUGGUGGAUUCUUGUUGUUAUGUGGAUGUUUCAUGGAUUAUUUGGUUUGCAAAC